UCCUCUUCUUUGUUCUUACUACUCUCUAAGCCAACAUGAGCCGGCAGUGUAGUUCCAGGUCUGUGUGCCGGAGCGGUGGAAGGGGCUUCAGCUCUGGCUCUGCAGGGCUAGUCAGCUUCCAACAGAGAUCCUCUAGCAGCUCUAUACGCCGCAGUGGAGGAGGUGGUGGGAGAUUUUCAGGAGGAUUCUGUGGGAGCGGAGGAGGUGGUGGUGGUUAUGGAAGCAGGAGUCUUGUUAACCUAGGUGGCAGCAAGAGCAUCUCCAUAAGUGUGGCUAGAGGAGGUGGUCGUAGUGGUUUUGGUGGUGGCUUUGGAGGUGGUAGCUUUGGUGGUGGUGGCUUUGGCAGUGGUGGUUAUGGCGGUGUUGGUUUUGGUGGUGGUGGAUUUGGUGGUGGUGGAUUUGGUGGUGGAGGUUUUGGCAGUGGAGGUGGUUUUGGGGGUGGUAGCUAUGGGGGUGGUUUUGGGCCUGUCUGCCCCCCUGGUGGCAUACAGGAAGUCACCAUCAACCAGAGCCUUCUGCAACCCCUCAAUGUGGAAAUUGACCCUGAGAUUCAAAAAGUAAAGUCUCGAGAAAGGGAACAGAUCAAAACACUCAACAACCAGUUUGCUUCCUUCAUUGACAAGGUGCGAUUUCUGGAGCAGCAGAACCAGGUGCUGCAAACAAAAUGGGAGCUGCUGCAGCAGGUGGAUACCUCAACACGGACCCACAACCUGGAGCCCUACUUUGAGAAUUACAUUUCCCUGCUCAGAAGGCAGGUGGACCAGCUGAAGAGUGAUCAAUCUCGUAUGGACUCAGAACUGAAGAGCAUGCAAGACAUGGUGGAAGAUUAUCGGAACAAGUAUGAGGAUGAGAUUAACAAGCGGACAAAUGCAGAAAAUGAAUUUGUGACUAUCAAGAAGGAUGUGGAUUCUGCUUAUAUGACCAAGGUAGACCUUCAGGCAAAAACUGACAACUUGAAGCAGGAAAUUGAGUUCUUGACAGCACUCUAUGAAGCAGAGCUGUCUCAGAUGCAGACUCACAUCAGCGAAACCAACGUCAUCCUGUCCAUGGACAACAACCGCAGCCUCAACCUGGAUGGCAUCAUUGCCGAAGUUAAGGCCCAGUAUGAAGACAUUGCCCAAAGGAGUAAAGCUGAGGCUGAGUCCCUGUACCAGACUAAGUAUGAAGAGCUGCAGAUCACAGCUGGCAAACAUGGUGACAGUGUGAAAAACUCAAAGAUGGAGAUUUCUGAGCUGAAUCGAAUAAUCCAGAGACUUAGAUCUGAAAUUGACAGCGUCAAGAAGCAGAUCAGCAACGUGCAGCAGUCCAUUAGUGAUGCCGAGCAGCGUGGCGAGAACGCACUCAAGGAUGCCCAGAACAAACUGAAUGAGCUGGAGGAUGCCCUGCAGCAGGCCAAGGAGGACCUGGCCCGGCUGCUGCGCGACUACCAGGAGCUAAUGAACACCAAGCUGGCCCUGGACAUGGAGAUCGCCACCUACAGGACCCUCCUGGAAGGAGAGGAGAGCAGGAUGUCUGGAGAGUGUUCCCCCAACGUGAGCGUGUCUGUGAGCACCAGCCACACUAGCAUCAGUGGAAGCAGCGGUGGCGGCCGAGGCGGCGGAGGGUACAGCUCCGGAGGCGGCAGUUACGGCUCUGGAGGCGGCGGAGGCGGCGGCAGUAGCUAUGGUGGUGGCUAUGGCUCUGGAGGCGGCGGCGGCGGCGGCGGCAGCUACUCUGGAGGCAGCAGCGGGGGCCACAGAGGCGGCUCUGGAGGUGGUGGUGGCAGCUCUGGUGGCCGGGGGAGCUCCGGAGGCAGCUAUGGCUCCUCUGGAGGUCGGGGAUCCAGCUCUGGGGGCCAGAAGUCCUCUAGUGGCAGCUCUAGCGUAAAGUUUGUUUCCACCACUUAUUCCAGAUAAAUUCGCUCUCUAUCCCUUUAGCUCUCCCCUUUCCAUCACCACCAAAUAGGCUUGGUAGGACUAAGGUCAGUUGCCCUAGCCUUGUUAGAGAAAAGAGCUAUCGUUAGAGUCACCAGUUCAUCCAUUUGCCCCUGCUGUUUCUUUUCUGCUCUGCUUUCAAAACUUUUAAGGCCAGCAGCAGUCUCAAUCUCUGGCUACCACCCUGCUUUGUGCCUUGCCUGAAAAACAGUUCAGCAGUGACCAUGACACAAAUGACAUUUCAAAGAGCCUCCUUCUUCCACCCAGAGGAGGACCACUGGAGCCAGGGCUUAGAGCAGUACUCUGGCCAGUCCCUCAGCCUCUUGUCUCUGUACUGCUUUGGUUUUGUAUAUAAGGUGUUUGCAAGUUGUUUGUCUUUCAUGGAGAGGUAUUCAACUCCCCAUUUUCUUGUUUUGCUGCAAUAAACUGCAUUUGA